UCUAGUCCUUAAAGUCUAGGAAAUGUCAUUUUUUUUGGACUUGAGCAAAACUUGAGCGAUCAUCGAGCGGCGGUGGCUUCGACCUGAUUCACAACUUUCCGAAGUAAAUGGCCACCAGAAAGCAGUAAAACAGGAGGCGGGAGGAUGUCUGUGGAGGUGGACGUGUUGCUGCAGGAGGCGAAAGAAAGCAUCGAGGCGGCCCAGAACUACCGCAGUGAACUCCAGCAGCGCCUGCAUGGCCUCAACCAAGCUCGCAAACAGGUUCGAGGCAGCUCGAGUCAGGCCCGCGAUGCCCUCCGGAGGCACUUCGGGGAGCUGCAGGCGGCGGCGAGCCGGCUGCUGACGGAGCGACUCACCGUCCUGCUGGCCGAGGUGGACGCCAUCGAGGCCGACAGCAUCAAGCCGCUGGACGACUGUCAGAGCCUCAUCGAGCACGGGGUGGGCCAGGCCGAUGAGCUGCUGAGAGAGGGAGAAGCAGCGCUGCGUUGUGGUCUCGGAGAGAAGGAGGACAAGCUGGGCAGCUUUACAAAGAAGGCCAUGCACAUCCAACUGGACAGCCUACCAGAGGUACCGGCGCUGGUGGACGUUCCGUGCGUUUCAGCCCAGGUGGACGACUCCCUGCUGGGUCUGCUGAGGGACCGGGUGUCCCGCCACGGAGCCGUCUCCUCCCACCCACCUGUCCAGAUAGACGAGCUGCAGGAGAGACCGGGCAGCAUCCUGGUCCGCUGGUGUAAGGUGGACGAGGACUUCGCAGCAGCAGACUACCGGCUGCAGUACCGGCGGUCUGGCAGCGGGGGGAACCAGUACGAGGACGCCUACAUCGGUCGGGAAUGCGAGUUCCUGAUUCUCCACCUGGACCCUCACACCGAUUACCUGUUCAGGGUGUGCGCCCGCGGGGAGGGCCGCACCGAGUGGAGCCCCUGGAGCAUCCCCCAGACGGGAUACACCACGCUGGCACCGCACGAGUGGCGUUCAGGGACCGAUGGCUACAUCCUAAGCAGCAGGAAAAACAUCGCGAUGCGCAAUGACUCCUGCCAGUCUCGCUGCCCGGUCCUCUACUCCAACGCGCCCACGUACUUCUGCGGCCAGACACUGACCUUCAAGAUCACUGCGGCGGGACAGAUGGAUCGGAGGGACAGUCUGGGCGUGUGCAUUGACAGCGAGAGGGGGGAGGAGUCUCUUCAGAGAGACCAGGCUGUCUGCAUUUCCACCAAUGGUGCCGUAUUCGUCAACGGCAAGGAGAUGACCAACAAGCUGCCCGACAUCACGGUCGGCUCUGCCGUGACCUUCGACAUGGAGGUGGUGAACCUGUUCCCCAUCAGCAACAACAACCUGAGCGAGGGCUGCAACUUCAAGCUGAGGGUGACGAUCGGCUCGGGGAACCGGGAGGUGGUGUUCGACUGGCUGGUGGACCAGGCGGUGGACUGCCUCUUCUUCGGCUGCUCCUUCGUCCACUCCGGCUGGAAAGUGCUGGCGUUUUAAGCGCCCCCUGGAUCCUCCGGUCGGCUGGGAGCUCAGACCUCCGUCACCUUGAGUUCAAACAUUUCUCCUCGACUCCUUUUCCCCUCUCUUUCGUGAGACUCUUCGCGGGGAGGCUGCAAAAAAGUCUGGAAAAAAUCUGCCAUUUCUCUCCGGGGUUGAGUCACCGCGACAGCCGACUGAGUGACGUCCUUCCUGUCAGCGGCGGCACACAACGUUUGUCAGUGUUUGCAGCUUCAACAACCUGUCACUGGACUUUCCAGACACGGAAAAUUCCUGCGACACCGGGACGUUAUUGAUCUGGAAAACUGUCAGCUGACGUUGAGCAGGUUAACGGUUGUGAUUGCGCUUGUUUGUUCGUUUGGUUCAAGCGGCGCAGAUUCAGUGUGUUUACAUGCACUCGAGUUAGUGAGUUUGCCAUCUGUCGUCAGAGUAUGGCUGCGUCUUGUCCUCUGGAGAAAAUGUGAUUGAUCCGAUUGAGUCUAGACUCUCUGUCCUGCUCCUCCUCGGUCUUUAGGGAGCUGUGUUGUCGGAGGAGUGAUGUUUGUAUUCAUGACAGCUUGUUGCCUCUUAGUUUGUGACGUUUUAGGCCUUUUUACAAGGUUGAUUUUUGUUUACAGCUUUGUUUUUUUUUGUUUUUUUAUUUAGCCAAGAGUUUUGAUCGACUUUUUAUCUAUGCAUCGUCUUAAUUUAACUAGCCACAGUAGCAGGAGAAGACACACACUGCAAAGGCACGUUACAAUCUGCUGUCGAACCGUUUUCAUUUUUGAUCUUAAGACGAACCAUCACUGUGAAAGUCGCACUCGCCCUUUCUUGACUUUUCAGCGCAGUAGUUUUUAAGGCACAGCUCAUCAAAGACACACGUGUCCUCUGUCUGUCUGUCUGUCUGUCUGUCUGUCUGUCUGUCUGUCUGUCUGUCUGCAGUUCUGGAGUGAAUCCACUGAAGACCUUCUGUAAACUAAACUGAAAAGUAACAUGUCUGCAGAUGCGGUGUCAAAACCCCACAGGCUGCUCAGCUUUUUAUUUAUAGUUCCUUUGACUUCCCGCCUUUUUGACUUUCACCGUUCCCCUUUUGUCGUUAUUUCUACAUAAAAAAAGUGUUUCGGCGUGAUGAUUAUUUAUUUUAAUUCAGGUAUAACGUCAUAAUCAUCAUCGCGCGUCGUCUGUGCGUCCGCUGGAGCUCCGUGCUGGAGAAAUGAGCUUUGUUUUUGGUCAGACUGUAGCUUUAACUCAAUUAAGCUGUUUUGUUUUUUUUUGUUUUUUUUAAGCUUCCUGCAGUGACAAUCUUAACAGUAUUCACAACGACUGUAGUAUUAGUAGGAGGAGGAGAGGUUGAACUUUAAUAGCAAACAUAUGAGAAAUGAUUAUCGAUAAAUGUAAUAGGAGACAUUUACUGUGGCAGCCUCUAAACCUUGGUCAGGAUGAUAGAAUGAUCGAUUAAGAAGAGAAUUAAAGUUACAGCAGUUAAUCCCAGCUCGUCCUUUGGCCCAUUUGUGUUUUUUAACGUCUGGAUGAGCAAUAGGUCCAUAAUUUCUAUUUAAUUAUUAUUUUUUUCCUUUUUUCAUGUUGCUGUUCUUUUUAAAUAUGUGAAUCUUAAGAAUAGAUGUCAGUGGAUGUUUGUACGUCACAUACACAGUUGACUUUAGACUUUUAGGGGAUUCAUCACUAUCACCCACUCACUCGUUUUGUUUUCUUUAUUGAAACACGUCUGGGCCCAUUUCACCCGCCCAGCAUCCUCUCCUAUCAGUUCAUCGUUCUGAGUCAGCAUUUUCCUGUUUCUUGUUUUUCUGCCGAACUGAAGUCAGUGUGUGGUCCCCGUUCAGGACGGCGGGACCCCGGAUUUGGGUCGAGCUGACGGUACAAAUGUCCUGAAAGCAGCGAACGCAACCUCAACAUACCUGCUCCUCCAGUGAGAGAGGGAGACUGGCGACUGAAGCCGCAGCACGUGUUUCAGCUUCUCGACGGUCUCAACGGUGACACCCGCUGGUCAAAUAAAUGUUUGCAUUGUAUUCGUGUUCACUGCUGGCAUCCUUCAUGUUUCGUUCAAUAAAGUCACAAAGUGAGCCUCGUGGA